UCAUUGAAGCUGGAGAAACAAAAGGAUACUUGCACCACGAAGAAACUGUGGAAAUGUGGAGACUGUGGGAAAGGAUUCAAUUUUUCAUCGCAGCUAGAAAUUCAUCGACGUAUUCACACUGGGGAGAGGCCAUUCAUCUGCCACGUGUGUGGAAAGGGAUUCAGUGAUUCCUCUACCCUGCUGACGCACCAGCGGGUGCACACCGGGGACAGGCCAUUCGUCUGCUCCGAGUGUGGGAAGGGAUUCACUCAGUCAUCCAAUUUGUUCACACACCGGCGAGUACACACCGGGGACAGGCCAUUCAUCUGCUCCGAGUGCGGGAAGGGAUUCACUCAGUUGACCAGCCUGUUGAAACAUCGCGGCAGUCAUACCAAUGAGAGAUCUUUCAAAUGUUCUGACUGCGGGGAUGGCUUUAAAAACUCUGAGGACCUGAUGGUCCACCAGCGAAUUCACACAAAGGAGAGACCGUUCGUCUGCGCCGUCUGCGCAAAGAGAUUCAGAACAUCAUUCAACCUGCUGGCACACCAGCGCACUCACACUGGGGAGAGGCCGUUCAUCUGCUCCAAGUGUGGGAAGGGAUUCAGUCAGUCGCAACACCUACGGAGACACGAGCGAGUUCACACUGGCGAGAGGCCGUUCAUCUGCUGUGUGUGUGGGAAGGGAUUCACUCAGCCAUCCAGCCUGUUGACACACCAGCAAAUUCACAAGUGACUGCUGGGGUUGGAUUCUGUGGUCGCUGCUACACAGUUAGUUACAUCAGACUGAACGGUGUUCAUUCUAACAGUUGGAGCCUGUUUCUCCGGCUGUUUAUCCGUUCUGAGGUGGAAAUUAAUACUCUGUUUUUGUUUUAAAAAGCAUCAGAGGUGCUGAAACGUCUUGGGGAGGCAAUGGCCGAGCGGUAUUAUUGCUGGACUGUUAAUCCAGAGACCUAGGU